AUGGCGGCUACUCUUCUGGCUGCUAUUAUCGUUGUUUUCACCGUGACAGCUAUAGAUGCUACUGCAACUACUAAGAUGACAGGUAUGAAAAACUCUUUGAUUUCUGAUCAAUGGAGGAAAACAGUUCUGAACCUUCAUAACGAGUUUCGUAGAACACUCACCUCAGGAAAACAGAUGGGGAAAACUGCUCUUCUGAAGGGUGCCGAUGACAUGAAUGAGCUCAGUUGGGACUACAAUGCAGAGGUGCUUGGCCCCAUCACCGCCCCAAAGAACUAUGGAUCUACCCAGAACAUGAUCAGUGUGAAGAAGACAUGUGACGCAACCGAAACAGUCAGGAAAGAAAUAUCGACGUGGUGGAAGGACGGCGCUACUCAGCAAACAUCAAGCACCAAGGUUGAUAAGAAUGAUAAGUUUUCUCAGAUGGCUUACUUUGAAACUAGUGCAGUGGCCUGCUCAUACUAUCCAUGCACUGCCACACAAUUAAGUUUGGUCUGCCUCUAUAACAAAAACGGAGCAGCAAAAACGGUCAAGGAACUUUACAAUGAAACUACAGGAACAUGCACUUGCGCAGAUUGCAUUGCAUACCUUUGCCCGUCGGAAUUCACUCCUGGAGAAAGCUUUUGGACAAGCGAGAAGUACUCACUGUCUGAAGAAGAGGCCGUCAAAAAGGUUGGGCGAGAACGAGUUCAUUGCUUUGCAUUUUCCAAAAUUCACUACUCUGCAAGCUGUUCUCCUCACAAAAGAGAUGAUAUGCCGUUGAAAAGUUACCUCAAAAGCAGUGGUCUCGGAGAUAAUAUGGACUAUGCAAGUCUUAAAAAAGACUCAGGCAAGCAACUCGCAAAUGUAAUCCAUGACAAGACCACGAGCGUUGGUUGUUUCGUUAAACGUUGCGAGAAGCAGGGAGUAAUUGUUGUCGAUUGUCGCUAUGAUCCGUAUGUUAUAACCCAUGAAACAAAUAACACUGCUACGUUCUUCGGCAUAAACGUUGAAGAUGCUCUGCUGCAAGUGGAGACGUUUACGAAACUGGUAAGACCUGCAGCUCGUGCGGCAAAUCUGCCAAAUCCUGCUCGCCAGCUGGUGGACUUUGUGCCUGAGAAAGUGCUUAUGGGUUACUUAGAUGUGCACAAAAUGAUAAGAUUGGUGGCCACAGAAUGGGCUGAGGACAAAAAGCGCAAAUAUGCGAAAGCGGCGACGGUAAUGAUAGGAGAGACAGGAAUUGGAAGAAACCAUAUAGAAAUUACUCGGAUGCAAGUGUAG